GGUGUAUUUUUGAGAGGUAAAACGUGGGUUUGUGUGUUGGGAAAGGGUUUAAGCGUUAUAUUGGAUCUGGGUUUUUGGAAGGGUUUAUGAAAAAGAGCAAGAGAAGUGAGAGGAAAAAGCAAAAGUUGUGGCAUUUCUCAUAUACACAGAUCCCUAUGGGAUAUAUGCUGGGGUGCUCUCCAGCAUUGCUUGUUAGCUUAGAAAUAUUUAUUCUUUUUGUUUAGUUUAAAGAGACCACAGGUUUUGUUGUCUUUGGAGAGAGAGAGAGAGAGAGAGAGAGAGAGAGAGAGUGAGAGAACCAAGAUGUUAUAUAUGUGAGUGCAUAGAAUGAAGAGUUUAAGUUAGUUUCCUUGAAACCAGUUCAGAAGCUAGACAACAAAAAACCAAGUUUUUCAUAUAUGGGGGAGGGGAGGCAAGAGAUUUUUGACAUGAUUAGUUUAUUUCCUCUCAAUGAUUGAGUUGCCUUGCAGCUGGAGAUACUGCUGAGAAGUUCAAGUGAGAACCUUUAGAAGUAGGAAAGGGAAAAAGAAAAAAAAAAAAAAGGAAGAGAGAGAAAGAAGAAGAUGAAGUCCAUGAAUGAUCACAAUAAUAACAACAAUGGAAGCAAUAGUAACUGGUUGGGGUUCUCACUCUCACCCCACAUGAAAAUGGAGGUUACUUCUGACCCUCAUCAGCAUCAUCAUCAUCACCACUACAAUCAUCAAGGUCAGGCUUCUUCAGCUGCUGCUGCUCUGCCAAGCACCUUCUAUAAUCUGAACCCUCACCUCAGCAGUUCUGGACUCUGUUAUGGAGUUGGAGAAAAUGGUGGCUUUCACUCUCCCUUGACUGUUAUGCCACUCAAGUCAGAUGGGUCUCUAUGUAUCAUGGAAGCUCUCAGCAGGUCACAAACAGAAGGAAUGGUGGUGCCAAACUCAUCCCCAAAACUGGAGGACUUUCUAGGUGGAGCAAGCAUGGGAGCUGGUGACUAUGGAAGCCAAGAAAGAGAGGCAAUGGCUCUGAGCUUAGACAGCAUCUAUUACCAUGAAAAUGCAGAGGCAGAGCAACAUAUUCCAGUCCAUUCCCACCCAUAUUACUCUGGAAUUCCAUGCCAUGGAAUGUACCAAACACCAUUGGAGGAAGAAUCUAAGCAGACUCACAUUGUAGGCUCUGAAAAUCCCCAAAUGACUCAAAUGCAAGAGGGCUUGAAAACCUGGGUGGCUAGGCAGUACUCUGCUCAUCAAGCUCUGGAGCAGCACAUGAACAACAAUCUGGUUCAUGAUGGUGGAGGUUCUGGUUCUGUUAAUGGUGCAAUGAACUGUGGGGAUUUACAGUCUCUUACUUUGUCCAUGAGCCCUGGUUCUCAGUCCAGCUGUGUUACAGCUCCAAGGCAGAUCUCACCCACUGGAACAGAAUGUGUGGCCAUAGAAACAAAGAAGAGAGGUGGUGGGAAACUUAGCCAAAAGCAACCUGUACAUAGGAAGUCCAUUGACACAUUUGGGCAGAGAACUUCACAGUACAGAGGUGUCACAAGACAUAGAUGGACUGGUAGAUAUGAGGCCCAUCUUUGGGACAACAGUUGCAAGAAGGAAGGGCAAACUAGAAAAGGACGGCAAGUUUAUUUGGGAGGCUAUGAUAUGGAAGAGAAAGCUGCAAGAGCUUAUGAUCUUGCCGCCCUUAAGUACUGGGGUUCUGCAACCCAUAUAAACUUUCCAUUGGAAAAUUACACUGCACAACUUGAAGAGAUGAAGAAUAUGAGCCGGCAGGAAUAUGUAGCGCAUCUGAGAAGGAAAAGCAGUGGAUUUUCAAGGGGGGCAUCAAUGUACCGAGGAGUAACAAGACAUCACCAGCAUGGGAGAUGGCAAGCUAGGAUUGGCAGGGUAGCAGGAAACAAAGACCUGUAUCUUGGGACUUUUGGUACCCAAGAGGAAGCUGCAGAAGCUUAUGACAUAGCUGCAAUCAAGUUCCGUGGUGUAAAUGCGGUCACCAACUUUGACAUUACCAGAUAUGAUGUUGAAAAAAUCAUGGCCAGCAAUACCUUGCUUGCAGGAGAGUUUGCUAGGCGUACCAAAGAGAUAGAACCUAACAUAGAGGCCAAUGCCAUUGAAUAUAAUCCAUCAGCACAGAACAAUGGGGAAGCGAACCAACCCGAAAUCAACAAUGGGAAUGGUCUAGACUGGAAGAUGGCCUUGUACCAAUCUGCACAGGAACAACCAACUAGCUGUGUUCAAACAGUUGAUCAGAAAUCAAUUGGUUCAUUGAAUUAUAGGCAUCCCUCUUUCUCAAUGGCAUUGCAGGACCUUAUUGGUGUUGAAUCAGUGAACUCAAGUCAGCCAUUGAUGGAUGAAUCUGCUAAGGUUGGGGCACAUUUCUCAAAUCCGUCCUCAUUGGUGACCAGUUUGAGCAGCUCCAGAGAAGCUAGCCCUGACAAAUCUGGCCCCAACAUGCUCUUUGCAAAGCCUCCAUUAGCAUCAAAGUUCAUCUGCCCUACUUCUGCAGCAGCUGCUGCUGUUAGCUCUUGGUUCCCAACAGCCCAGCUGAGGCCUGCUGCUAUCUCCAUGUCUCACUUGCCUCUUUUUGCUGCUUGGAAUGAUACCUAGAAAGCUGGAUGUAUUUUGUUGAAAUGUAUUAAAGUUUUUGCAUGGACAAGAAAAAAGAGAGGAAGAAAUUAGUGAUGUUAGGGGUAGAAAAAGGUGAUGGUGAUUAUGUUAUCUGAAGGUAAUUAGUGGAGGAAAUUCAGGGUUAAUGAAAAAGACAAGGGUAGGCCAUGGGAGGCCGGUUGUCUGUUUGUAACCAAAGUAAGUGUAAGAAACUUUUUCCAAAACCAAACCUUUUGGCUCAUGUGGGGGAUAAUGCGGAUCUUGCAAUACGGAGGGGACGGGAUUAAGGGCUGAUUAAUGAUUUAAAUUCUGCUUAA